UGCUUAAUAAGAAGCCAAUUCUCCAAUGGGAAAACAACCCUAUUCUCAUGCAUCACAUGACCAUUGAAGGAGAACGAGAUGCUAAUGACAGCAGUUGAAGGAGAGGCAUUUCAAAAGCAAAUCUCUUAGAGAGACUGGACCCACUUUAGUGCUCAGUUGCUGAUAAAGAACAAGGAAAGACUGAGUGGGCCUGGUGAGCAGAAACUUGGCCACCUGUGUCCUCCAUGUUGGUGACCUUCUUUGCCUUGAUCACCUGAGAAGGAUCCCAAAUUCUUAUUCCAAGUUCUUUCUUUGGUGACAUUGGCUACUUUUCUCAAAACCAUCAUUUCAAGUCUCAGGAGGAACUGUGAGGCCUGUUCCAGCGUUUUUCCUGGGUAUUUCUGGACAUGAGUACAUCUUAUUGAAAUAUUCCCACCUCUACCUAUAGAUAAGGAAAAACCUUGGAGCACCUCAACCCUCUGAGUGAACAGGACUGAAUGACUGACUGUGUUUUUGCUUCCUGCUUGAUGUCAACUAAAUAGAAGUUCCCAAGACUCUUAUAGAACCCGUUGAUCUCACAGAAUUUUUGCAUGACAGAUGAGCAGCUGCCAUCGGAAGGACAUGUCUGACGCUCACACUCACAGCAGCCCCCUCCUGGCAAAGCCUCUUUCCAGCAGAUACAAACUCAACGAGUCAGAGUUUACCAGUCCCAGCUGGCCCUCAAACCCCCAGGAUACCCACCUCGCCCUGCCUCUUCUGGAAAUGCCUGAAGAAAAGGAUCUCCGGUCUUCCAAUGAAGAAAGCCACAUUGUGAAGAUUGAAAAACCCAAUGAGAAGGGUAGAAGACGAGGAAGCCGGAUAGCCCCUCAGGGCUCUGCAGGCCAGGGAAGCAUCAGCCUCUUUCAGGCAGUGGGCUACCUCACAGGCGAGAUGAAGGAAUGCAGGAGCUGGCUGAAAGAUAAACCUCUGGCCCUCCAGUUCACAGACUGGGUUCUGAGGGGGGCUGCUCAGGUGGUGUUCGUCAAUAAUCCUCUCAGCGGGCUCAUCAUCUUCAUAGGACUCCUGAUCCAGAAUCCAUGGUGGACAAUUGCUGGGGGUCUGGGGACAGUGGUGUCAACUUUAACUGCUCUUGCCUUGAGCCAGGACAGGGCUGCCAUCACCUCAGGCCUCCACGGGUACAACGGAAUGCUGGUGGGGAUGCUGAUAGCUGUGUUCUCUGAGAAGUUAGACUAUUACUGGUGGCUUCUGCUUCCUGUGACCUUCACAGCCAUGUCCUGCCCCAUCCUCUCCAGUGCUUUGGGUUCAAUCUUCAGCACGGACCUCCCAGUCUUCACCCUGCCCUUCAACAUCGCCGUGACCCUGUACCUGGCAGCCACAGGCCCCUACAACCUCUUCUUCCCCACGACGCUGGUGGAGCCUAUGUCUUCAGUGCCCAACAUCACCUGGACAGAGAUUGAGAUGCCUUUGCUGCUGCAGGCCAUCCCCAUCGGAGUCGGGCAGGUGUAUGGCUGUGACAAUCCCUGGACAGGUGGCGUGUUCCUGGUGGCCCUGUUCAUCUGCUCACCACUCAUCUGCUUGCAUGCAGCCAUUGGCUCAAUCGUAGGAAUACUAGCAGCCCUGACCGUGGCCACGCCCUUCGAGACCAUCUACCUGGGCAUCUGGAGCUACAACUGUGUCCUCUCCUGCAUUGCCAUUGGGGGCAUGUUCUAUGCCCUCACCUGGCAGACCCACUUGCUGGCCCUCGUCUGUGCCCUGUUCUGUGCAUACCUAGGAGCAGCCUUGUCCAACAUUAUGUCAGUGGUUGGUGUGCCACCAGGUACCUGGGCCUUCUGCCUCUCCAGCCUCAUCUUCCUGCUCCUGACAACCAACAACCCCGCCAUCUACAAGCUCCCGCUCAGUAAAGUCACCUACCCAGAAGCCAACCGCAUCUACUACCUGACACUGAAAAGCAGUGAAGAACAGAAGUCCCCCAGUGGCAGUGCUGGGGGGCAGCCACCCACGACGAGCCCAAAGGCCAGUGAGAGCUCAGAGGUUGUGCUCCCCAAGCCUAGGAACGUGUUCCACAUCGAGUGGUCAUCCAUUCGCAGGAGCAAAGUGUUUGGAAAAGGUGAACACCAGGAGAGGCACACCAAACACCCUUCUCCCCAUCAGUACUGGAAGCCCGAGGUCGAGUUGCUGGAUCUGGACACCAUGGAGGAGAGCUCUGAAAUAAAGGUGGGAACAGGCAUCUCCAAGACUUCCCGGAUUCAGAGUUUCCUGGCUGCCAAUGGGAAGAGGGUCCGCAAAGCCCUCGGCUACAUCACUGGAGAGAUGAAGGAGUUUGGAGAGAGACUUAGAGACAAAUCCCCAGUGUUCCAGUUCCUCGACUGGGUCCUCCGGGGCACAUCACAGGUGAUGUUUGUGAACAACCCCCUCAGCGGCAUCCUCAUCAUCCUCGGCCUCUUCAUCCAGAACCCCUGGUGGGCCAUCUCGGGCUGCCUGGGCACCGUUGUGUCCACUCUGACGGCUCUCAUCCUCAGUCAGGACAAGUCUGCCAUCGCAGCCGGACUUCACGGUUACAACGGGGUGCUGGUGGGGCUGCUGAUGGCCGUGUUCUCAGACAAGGGCAACUAUUACUGGUGGCUUCUCCUCCCCAUCAUCGUUAUGUCCACGUCUUGCCCCAUCCUCUCCAGUGCCUUGGGUUCCAUCUUCAGCAAGUGGGACCUCCCAGUCUUCACGCUGCCUUUCAAUAUCGCCGUGACCCUGUACCUGGCGGCCACGGGCCCCUACAACCUCUUCUUCCCCACCACGCUGCUACAGCCUGCUUCCUCUGUGCCCAACAUCACCUGGUCAGAGGUCCAAGUACCCUUGCUUUUGAGAGCCAUCCCUGUUGGAAUCGGCCAAGUGUAUGGCUGUGAUAACCCCUGGACUGGAGGCAUUUUCCUCAUAGCUUUGUUCAUCUCGUCACCUCUCAUUUGCUUACAUGCUGCGAUCGGAUCUACCAUGGGGAUGUUAGCAGCUCUCACCCUGGCGACACCCUUCGACUCCAUCUACCUCGGCCUGUGGGGUUUCAACAGCACGCUGGCCAGCAUCGCCAUCGGAGGCAUGUUCUACGUCCUCACGUGGCAGACACACCUCCUCGCCAUUGCCUGCGCUCUGUUUGCAGCCUACCUGGGUGCUGCCCUCGCUAAUAUGUUAUCUGUGUUUGGAUUACCUCCCUGUACCUGGCCCUUCUGCCUCUCAGCACUCACCUUCCUGCUCCUGAAGACCAACAACCCCACCAUCUAUAAGCUCCCACUCAGCAAAGUCACCUACCCAGAGGCCAACCGCAUCUACUACCUGUCUCAGGAGAAAAACAGAAGAGCAUCGUCCGUCACAAAGUACCAGGCCUACGAUGUCUCCUAAGUUGCCCUUUUCAAAGCAUGUCACUAUAAAUGCAGCCUCAGCAGGCUGUCCAGGUCCCCAGGCUGAAAGCCACUUAAACUCUCUUUUUCACUGUUCUGAUUAUGCCCCAACAUGCCUACACCCCAGUUAUUCUCAACACAGGGAAGUAUGCAUGCACUCACUAUUUAGGAUCAUCUCUGUUCUAAAGUGCAUAAUACUUAUCAAAAAUAAAGUUAAUUUAGGAGUUCUCUUGUGCUACAGUGGGUUAAGGGUCUGGUGUCGUCACUGCAGCAGGUCAGGUCACUACUGUGGUGUGGGUUCAGUCCCUGGCCUGGAAACUGACACAUGCUGCAGGCAUAGCCAAAAUAUAUAUGUAGGCACAACUAUAUAUAUAUAUAUAUAUAUAUAUAUAUAUCAAAUCAAGAUAUAUAUGGUUAAUUUAGACUUUCUACGCACAGCUCACUCCAUGAAAACUGCCUCUGAAAUGAUUUUCCCGCUUUUGCCAAAUAAGCCGCAUCCCUAAAGAGAACUCACCAAGAAGGGACACAGAUUGGUGACAUGGUCAGCCAACUAUAGCCAUUUAACACAGCGAGGUAUAGUGUCAGGAAGUUAGCCUAGGAGGCAAAAAGGGCUGGUCCACCCCCAGCUCUGCCUGGAAUGAACUCUCACCACUAUGGUAUCCCCCUCUCACUUCCAUUUCUUACUGGUUUCAUGACAGAGAGGGAUCCUACAGUCCCUUCCACCUCAGAAGUAUGGAUUCUUUUCUUUCAGUUAAACUGAUGAAAUUGACAUGACCAAUCAAUAAUUACUUUGUGUUAAGAAAAAGACCACAGGGCUACCCAGAAGAGGCAGGACAAUUUUAAUGCCAUAGGGAGAUUUAUUCUUGAGUCAUGAGAAGAUAUUCUCCAGACUUGGGGUUAGGAACCUAAGCUCACUGGAAAUGCCAACGUGCCUUCUUUUUCAUAACAAAUAUUACUGGAAAUGUCAUCAGAUGAAAAUUGAUCUUUUUCAACAUUUAAAUCAUACUCUAAGCAAAUAUAUUUCCUUUUGUAAUGUUCAUAAGCAACUUCUCAUUAAAUGAUUAAGCUUGCAAAUUAGUGUUGGGGUUUUCUUAAAAUGGGGCUCACGUGCAUUAUCCAAACAGUGCCCAUUGGAGGGGUUUUCCACCGUCAAGCACAUGUUUGAAAAGAGAUGAGGAUGGGUUAAAGUUUCAGAAGAGGCUCUGAUUUGCUUACGAAGGAAAUUAUACAUAAAUGAUUGUGGUCAUUGUUUUCUCUUUGAGGUGAAAUGCCUGUUGUUACAACCCAUCUCCCUUUUGUAGGGAGAGUCUUUGAGUCUUGCACCCUAAAAUUACAUCCAGAGGCUCUUGAAUGGCCAGUAACUCUGCUACUUAGUUGCUAAUCUUAAAGCAUUGAGUUCCUAAAACACAGGAGCCCUUGUGGGAAGCCUCAGGGCUCAGCCUUCCCACCUCUCCACCAGAGGACCAGGAUGAACCCUUUAUAGUGCCUCUGUGUACCCCUCCUCUGGCACCCUUCCAGGUUAGCAUGAUGGGGUAAGGGGAAAGGUUGGAGAUUGGGGAAGGAAACAGGGGAAGGGGACAAAUUCUCUAUAAAUCCAUUAUUUAGCAAAAGCUGGUGUCUACGUUUAUCUUUUUUCCAUCAGCCCUGGAUCUCAGUCCUCUUCCACCAGCCCCAGCACACUAGGCUGCCUAGCUCUCUUCCAGAUGAUACCUAGCCAAGUAUGGCUUCUCCAGAAAAACAGAAUACUUCUCGCUGGAAACAAAGGCCCCACAGAGGAAACAGGAACCAGUCACACUCCAGAGGCUACAUCUGAGUUUGUGAUCACACCUUGAGGCCAAAAAGGUCUCAGGCUAUAUUUUCAUGACCGGGGAGUUAUGGCUCUCUGAGGAUCAAGCAUCCAGGAAUUUCACCAGAAGGCUGUUUAUGCUCACAGCUCCCUCAGCUGCCCCACAACCUCUAAGUGAUGACAUAGAACUAUUAAAAUACCGUUUCAUGCAUUUUCCACUGAAGUGUUAUAAUCUGGUUUUAUUAAGAGCAAGAAGCCCUUCACAGGCAUGCCAUUCUGAUUACUGACCACUAACAAAUCUCUUCAGCUGUUCUAAGUAUUUCAAUAUCCUCACCUAUAAAUUAGCAGGUUGAGUUGGCCCAGGAUACCAAGCAAGGUGGAACUAGGGUAAAAGAAUUUGAUUUACGAAAAUGUAUAACAUCUACAGGCUGCCAAAGCAUUUUGUCUACUGCAGCCCUUCAAUUACGUAUCAAGAGUGGAGAGAGGGAGCCAGAUCCAAGCAGCUCCUGAGAACUGGUUAUUUCAGGGAGCACAUCCCUCCAAUGUCACAUUUAGUGACAUCACCCUGAUAGGUAGAAGCCAGCCAUGGUGGGAGUAUUUACACCGCGGAAAUCAGCAAAGUACAAAUCUGAGCUUUGUCUUCCCAGACAGCCAGCUUCCCAGCACACCAAUGACAAGUCAGUUUGAUGAGGAAAAAAAAUAGAACAAACGUAGGGUUCCUAACCAGAGAUUCCAAGACUGGGGCCAAAAUAUUCAAUCCAGCAAUGCUACAUGGAUGUCACUCCACAUACAGGAGGCGUUGGAGAAUGUAACAAACAUGAUGGCAGGUGUAAGAUUUACCCACAGAAGCCUGCUCUGAAAACAUUCUGAAUGGAAGCAUCCAAUGCUGCAAAGGACACGAGAAGUGUAGGGUGAUCGAAUGUAUUUAUUUGUUGAUUAGGCUCAAAGGAGGGGAAACAGAAGAACUAGACCUAGAACUGGAGUAUCAAAUGAUGGCAGGGUGAGAGAAGGGGGAAGAAGCAGGAGAGCCUAUUAGAGUAUUUUACUUAUGCAAAAAUAGAUUAAGUUUACAAAGUCCACAGGGAGGAAUAAACAUGUGUGAUAAGGGCCACCACCGUGAGAAUAAAAUUAGAAUUAUAAAUUUUGAACCAGAAGAAAUUCUCUUUCUAAUGGAAAACAGAAAAGGAGAAAGAUAUUAUAGAAAGCCCCCAAAAUGAUAAUAAGCACAAAAACUAAACAGACAAAUUAGUCAUAAUAUGACCGUAACUAUUCAAUUUCCCACCGGAAGACAGAGACACUCAGUUGCACUUUUUUAAAAAGACGUAACAAUUUGCUGUUUACGAUAAACAUAUUUAAAACAGAAAAAAACAAAUGUUUGAAUACAAAAGGAUGAAAUAAGAUAUGCUCAACAGGAGUUCCCGU